AUGUAUCGCAGCAUACACAAUGUGUUGCUUAGUUCUCGUCACGUGGCGCCAUCCCCACCGGUGAAACGAUGUCGUUUAGAUUGGCGCGCCAAAGCUCAAAGGGUGGAGGAAAUGGAAAUUCGGGUGUGCAGCAACCGCACCUGCCGCAGACAGGGCUCAUUUCAAACCCUAGAAACCCUCUGUGGGGUCGCUCCUCCAAACGUGACUGUAAAGUCGUGCGGGUGCUUGGGGCGGUGCGGUUCCGGCCCCAACCUGGUGGUCCUGCCCGAUGGCCUCACCGUUGGCCAUUGUGGGACGGCUGCUCGGGCUGCGGAGGUCAUAAUCACUCUGUUUGCCGAAGCUGGCCAUGACCCCAAGGCUUGUUUGGAUGCGCUUGCUUUGAGGAAGAGGGCGGACAUUGAGUUUGCCAACCGAAAUUUCACCCAGGCUGAACUUCUGCUCUCACAGGCUAUAGAUUUAAAACCAUUUGGUGGCAUACAUGUCACAUUUAAAUGCAGGUCAUUGGUAAGGCUGGAAUUGGGCAACUACUCUGGUGCUCUCCAAGAUGCGGAAGAGGCAUUGGCAUUAGCUCCCCGCUACUCUGAGGCUUUUAUCUGCCAAGGUGAUGCCUUCUUGGCGUUAAACAAAUUUGAUCUUGCAGAACAGUCAUAUUUAGCUUCUUUAGAUAUAGAUCCUUCGAUUCGUCAUUCAAAAUCAUUCAAGUCUCGGAUAAUAAAACUUGAGGAAAAACUUGCUGCUGCCAACAUAUCGUGA